AUGCUCCUCGUCGGCGCUGCAGAAGCUCUCGUCUUCCCUGAUAUCAAGGUUGGUAAAACUUCCAAGAAAUCUAAGAAGUCUAAACAACCUAAGACCGUUCCUGAGCCAAUUGAGAAGGAGGUUGUCCAAUCAGUUCAAGAACCUGUUGCAAAAGAUGUUCAAAAGAAAGUUGUUCCCUCGAAAACAGGUGUUCUUAAACGAACCAAGAAGCCAUCACAUCGACCUCGUCACUCACCAGAACGACCAAUCGAUGAAGAGCUUCCCGUUGGGUCUCUCUCUUCACCAAAGGAGGGUUCUAUUUCGAAGAUCAAGAAAAUUCGAAAACCCCAGCUCAAUCGAAGGGGUGUGAUAAUUCAUGAGGUUCCAGCUCCCGUUUUACCAGGUUCGAAGAAACACAAAGCACAUGCAAUGGUGAUUUAA